UCAGUCGUAUGUUCGGAUUAGUGUGUAUGCUGGUCAAGCCAGUGGCACUAUGUCAAGAGAAAGAUGAGGGUGUCGACCAGGACGGAGUUUGGUAUCUGGGUGAUCAGACUUUCCAUCUGUGUAAUACUGAUCAGUCUAUUACUACUCCCGUCUGUUGUCUGUCCACUUAGACAACACAGCGCAAUUAAUACCGAAGAAAAGAUGGACUACCUAAAGAAAAAGAAGGCCAGGAAUAAAUCUACUUGGUCUAAUGCGUUUAGGAAAUUACGGAUGGUGCUGCCGUAUGUUUGGCCAAAAGGAAAUUAUCCAAAACAGGGUUUGGUGUGUAUUUGUAUGGUACUGCUGGGCUUAGGACGUGUUGUCAACCUGCUUGUUCCAUUAGUCAGUAGGGAUAUAGUUGACAGUCUAGCAGUCAAGGUGUACGAAAAACUGGAAUUUGAGGCUAUUGGAGACAAUGUGUCUUCCACUUCUCUAUCUCAGACCUCCCUGGAGAAAGGACAGGCCACAUACUCCUUCUUAGAUUCUGGGGCUGGAACUUCUGACAGUAAAGAAGAACUUGUGGAAAUAUUGCCUGUCUUCUGCUGGAGUCAAAUCUUACUCUACUGUUUCCUCAUGUUCCUUAAAGGAGGAGGUGCAGGUAGCUCUGGCUUACUGAACAACUUGAGAUCCUUCUGUUGGGUUCCUGUACAGCACUACACCUCAAAAACCAUUCAACUAAGCUUGUUCCAUCACCUUCACAGCUUGUCCCUUAGAUGGCACCUUCACCGCCAAACAGGAGAAGUCCUUAAAAUUGUGGAUCGAGGCACCAACAGUAUCAACAUAUUGCUUAG